AAAACAAUUGUCCCUCAAAAUGGAGUCGUCUCGCUCGUCCCAACAUGGUAAGAGGUCAGAAAGGCUCACUCGUACUCCUUACGCGCGCCCUACUCCCCAAGGAGCCAGGACUACUCCAAACAGUGCUCUUGGAGCAAUCAAGUCUGCUUUGAGCUUGUUCACGUCUCCAUUCUCUCGUUCAACUUCGACUCUCCCAACCCACAAUGCGAUCGAAGUAGACCGACGCUCUGAGUCAGGCUCCGAAGACAAUUGGGACGGAGAAGCUCCCGCUGCGAUGAAGGGGCAGGACGUAUUCAGCCUCGCGGCUGCUGCUGGAAGGAGUGGUGAGGAUUUUGAAGGAAGGCAAAUUGCCUGGAGAGGCAAGGGUGAGGCGCUUGGCGGUAAGCGUGAAGUUGCUCGACGAGAACUGCAGCUUGCCCCGCCCAAGGCCUCCGCUGAAAUUCGCAAUGGUCAACCGAUCACUCCCAAUACGCCAAUCUUCCCCGGUCACUUCCACAAGGACGGUGCAGCUUCUCAGUCCGACCCUUCUCACCCUAGUCGAGCGCUUCCAGCCCCUCUGGUUCCUUCAUCUGGUGUUCUCAAUGCCGCUACAGGCCAGAACUCGACCGCAUCUGCCACUGCAAAGCCCCAACCAGUUACCCCAUCCUCGCUUUCUCUUCCAUCGCGCCUUCCGCUCCCUGCAUCAUUCAUGACCCCCACUCGCUCUGCCAUCGCAAGUGCGUCCAGCAGCCAAUGUGCCCUUGCCUUGUCUAGCUUUCUUGACGACAAACAAGGCAAGGUGUUGACUUCCGAAGAUCGCACUAUCAUUGAAGCACUUUCUUCUCGGAUUGCUGUGGAGGAAAAUGCGUCGCCCGUGGCCCAAGAAAGGCGUGGAGGAUGGUUGCCUUCUUCAACUUCCGGAGAAGUCGCCUUCAGGGGUAACCUCAGCCAGUCAACGUCGUCAUCAUAUUUGGGCUCUGGUACUCCUUAUAAACAGAGAUACCUCGGCCCUGGAAUGUCUCCCAAAAAGAUGCCUAGCUCUAGAUCGUCACCUGCGUCAGAUCGGCUCCAAAGCAGUCAAAGCAAUCCUCCAGCCUCCGUCGGGCCCGAUGCCUCCGCCCUACCUCCUUCCUUCCCCAAUCGUCAUCUGGUCAACACCAUCCUUCGCUACUCCGCUACAUCCUCCCCCCUUCGUCAAUCUUACCGACCGGGUGCGCCUUCUACACCUGCGGCUGCUGCUCCCGAACCUGUUGCGCGAUCUCCUGCCGCUGGCGGGAAACGUAAGCCCGAGUCACCCGCUGAUCGUGAUGUCUCCAAGCGGCGAGAAAUUGAGGCUGCUGGCCGUCAAAAGGCUGCUGCCAUCAUGCAAUCACUCAUCGAAGAGACUGAUUCUACCACACCCAAGCCUAAUACCGAGCCUGUAAGGUGGAAUGCUUAUGAUCGAGGGUCUCUUCAUGCCAAGGCCACUGGAGAACCUUUUGCUGGGCCAUCCACGCCGGCGAAGCAGGUUCCUCCGGUGCCCAUCUCGACUCCUAGCACAGCUCACGCAGGUUCUACUCCUAGGAAGAGGACUCCUCUGAGAGGUGCUGCUGCCAAGUUGGAAGCCCAUAGACAAGCGAUGAAGGGCGCGAAGCCCUUGUCUACUAUAGAGAGGAUUAAGGGUGUCAGGCCUUGGGACAAUAACCAGAGCGCAAAUUUGACAGCGGCAGAGAAGGUCGUGGAACCUGAGCAGCAAGUUGAAGAACCCGAGGAAUCCGAGAUCGAUGAGCUUGAUAGUGAAAGGGAACAAGACACUGACGCCGCGGACAUCUCGGAGGUGGAGGAUGCUUCGAGGGCCCGCAGGCGUGCUGCGCCUUUGACACCCGCAGAGGAAGUACCCCAUCCUUCCAAGGUCCCUGAAGCUACAAAAUUCGAGCCAUUCCCCACCCAGCCCAUCGGUUUCGCCAGCUCUUCAAUCUCUAAACCUGCUGUUUCUUCUCCCGCUCCUGCAGCUGCCGAGAGCUAUGAUUCACCGUUGAGGAAGAGUAUCAUUGAAGCGCCUAAGAAAGCUGAAGAAAGCGCAAAAACAUUCAAAUUUAGCUUUGACCAACCGGCAAAAUCUGCUUCUGAAGCCGAGACUGAACCCGCUACCCAGCCUAUUGUCCGCUCCGAAAUUCCCAAAACUUCUAGGCAGGAAAAAACAUACCUUUCCGCUAAAGAAGCUGCUCUCAAGGUUGACAAGCUGUCUCUGCCCUUCUUCACUUUCGUCCCUCCUGCGUCUGGGCCUAUCCCUGCCAACUCAACCAAGGAGCGAACUGAAAAGGCAAAGGCUGAGGCUGCCAAGUUAUCUCCCCCGACAUUCGCUUUCAAGUUGGAGCUUUCCGCGCCUGUUAGAGCAUCCUCCACGCCCUUAUCCAGCGCUGUCAAGAAAGUGAGCGGUGGGAAAUGGACAUGCUCUAUGUGCAUGCUUGAGAAUCCGGAAAGUGCGACGGAGAAGUGUACCAUCUGCGAAGAACCCCGUAAAAAUAGUACUGUAUAGUAAGGGGUAGACAAAAUGCGAUUC